AUGCCCGCCCUUUCCCCGACGAUGACCGAGGGCAACAUCGCAACUUGGAAAGUCAAGGACGGCGACAAGUUCUCCGCUGGUGACGUCCUCCUGGAGAUCGAGACGGACAAGGCGACUAUGGAUGUGGAGGCGCAGGAAGACGGUAUCAUGAUGAAGGUUCUGACCGGUGACGGCGCCAAGGGUGUGCAGGUUGGCUCGCGGAUUGCCGUGAUCGCCGAGGAGGGAGACGACAUCAGCACGCUGGAGAUCCCUGCGGAUGAGGCUCCGAAACAAGCAUCCGCCACCAAGGCACCAGAGAAAGACUCUAAAUCAGAGCCGGUACCACAAGAGGAGCGGACCACAUCAGAGCCUGCCACACAUGGCGCUAAAGGGAGCGGGAAGGCUCAGAAGCAGACAUACCCUCUGUUCCCCUCAAUUAUCCAACUGCUCCACGAGAACGGCAUCGACGAGUCCAAGGUACACGAGAUUCCUGCGACCGGACCCAAGGGCCGUCUUCUGAAGGGCGACGUCCUGGUCUAUGUUGGCAAGGCAAAGGCCGACUCGGCGUCCAAGGUGGAGGAGCGGUUCGAGAAGUUGGCACACCUGGAUCUCAGCAAUAUCAAGGUGGCUGCGAAGGUAGAGAAGAAGGUCGCACAGGAGAAGCCGGCCAAGCCAGCUGCACCUGUACUGGAGGACUUGCAGGUUACUCUGCCCAUCUCGCUGGCGCAGGUGAUCGAGGUACAGGGCAAGGUGCAGGAGACCCUUGGUGCAUUCCUGCCACUAUCCACAUUCAUCGCGCGUGCCACCGAGGUCGCCAACGACGAGCUGCCCCUGGCGGCCGAUUACAAGCCGUCCGCGGACGAGCUGUUCAACCAAGUGCUGGGCCUGGACACCGUGGGGCCACAGGGCUCAAAGGGACACUAUCUUCCACAGAUCUCUGCGCUUCCACCACCGGCAUCGUUGUCGCAGAAGAGCUUCACCGCAGCCAAGCCGGACAUAUAUGAUAUCCUCCUUGGGGGUUCGGCCAGCAACAAGACAGCUGCCCCACCCAGCAGGCCGGCGGGUCUCUCUACGGGCGUGAAUGUUUUCUCCCUCAAGGUGCCCAAGGCCGAGGAGCAGAGGGCCAAGAUUUUCCUCGAGAGGAUCAAGACCGUCUUGGAGAACGAGCCUGGCCGGCUAGUUCUGUGA